UCUCCAGCAACGUUAAGACGGUCGUCCAUCUACGCCUUCGAUGUCCUCCUGAAUGGGCGCACAAGAAUUUGCGUCAAUAUUCGCAGCCUUUCUAUCUGAGCUGGUCUCUAUUCUCCAGCGUUUAGCGGGACUUGCCGGUUCUCACCAUUCUGACAUACACGCUGUUCUUAGAGCACGCCUGCAGGCUGCAGCAAGUCGCGUAGCCACAGCUUUAGAACGUGUACGAGAAAGUAACGCGUGCAACGCCUGCGGACGCCCUUGUUUCCGCCUCCAGACUCUGCUCGGGCCUCAUAUGCAUCUCUUCGUUCUCAUACAUAAUGGCCCCGUAUUUUGAAACGGCGAAGUCCUUUGCCGAGGUGCCCAUAACCGAAGACGGGGUCGAGACGGCCUCGUUCCUGUUGGCAGCAACUGACUUCUUGAAUAUGUUCGAUUUGUUGGGCAGUAGUGUCUUCGGCUUUGUGCAGUCUGACAUGCGGAGCAACCUUGCUGGUGUACGUGAGCGCUACGAAGCCCAUACGUCCAAAUCAACAACCCUUGAGAAGCUAGUUCUCUGUGAAAGUCAAGAGCAUCGAGGACACGCCACUGCCUGUCUUGUGCGGCUCAUCCGCGGCCUUCUGUUCACAUGCCAGGCACUCCAGAACAUGCAGAGCGACAAGUCUUCGGAAUUGCACACCUGUUUUAAGCAGUCAUAUGAUGUUGUUUUGGGACAUCAGCACACGUUCCUUGUGCGGUCGGCCGUUUCUCUGGCUAUGAGAGCCAUCCCGAACCGUCGCGAUUUCUACGACCGCAUCACUCAAGGAGGCUCUCACAAAAAGUUCGACGCUGAACUGGCAAAGUGGCUCGUCGGGCUGGAGACUAUCGUGAAAAGGAUGAGGGCCUUCCUUGAACAGGGUGGAUACGGGAAGGUUUGAUUGCAGAAGCGACCUCAAAUGCUUCCAAUAGGAUGGAGCGAAGGUAUUGAGCACAUCGGAACAAUCUCACCUUUCUCGCCGACGGCGUAUCAAUCAGAUUAUACAAGAACCAGUGCACAUAGAAGUCCUUAUUCAUUAUUUAUUCAUCUACCGGAUCAGACAUCUACUUCGCCUUGUCACACUGAAACACGAUGAGCCCGCACAUAGGUCGAAGUCGUUCAACAUAUUUUGUUCGUGGGAAGCGGCUGACUGAUGUACGAGAGUAAGCCCUACAGAUUCGUUUAACUGCGC